AGCGAACGUGUAAUUGGUUCAUCCACAUGUCAGUCAUUGUUUAGCUCCGCCCCCAGCUGGCUCCAGUCGACUGACGAAAGCACGAGUACAGGUGCACGAGCUGCCUGGGAGCUGCAUCCAAACUACAGCAAAUAAACAUCCUGUUAAGAUGGCCUCCGUAAAUGAUGCUCGAUAUGGACAGAAAGAGUCUGCUGAUCAGAACUUUGACUACAUGUUUAAGAUCCUGAUCAUUGGUAACAGCAGUGUUGGCAAAACCAGUUUCCUGUUCCGCUAUGCUGAUGACUCCUUCACACCUGCCUUCGUCAGCACUGUCGGCAUAGACUUCAAAGUGAAGACCAUCUACAGGAAAGACAAGAGAAUAAAGCUUCAAAUAUGGGACACUGCUGGGCAGGAGAGGUACAGGACCAUCACCACAGCAUACUAUCGUGGAGCAAUGGGCUUCAUUCUGAUGUAUGACAUCACCAACCAGGAUUCCUUCAAUGCCGUUCAGGACUGGUCCACACAGAUUAAGACAUAUUCAUGGGACAAUGCUCAAGUGCUGCUGGUGGGAAAUAAGUGUGACAUGGAAGACGAGAGAGUGGUUGCUUCAGAGAGAGGAAGACAACUGUCUGAACAGCUCGGCUUUGAGUAUUUUGAGGCCAGUGCCAAGGACAAUAUUAACGUGAAGCAGUCAUUUGAGCGACUGGUGGACAUAAUCUGUGAGAGGAUGGCUGAGAACCUGGAGUCGGCGGAUCCGUCCAUCACUGGACACAAGCAGGGCCAUCAGCUCAACGAGCAGCCGCAGCGCUCCCACAAAGACUGCGCUUGCUAAGGGUCGCUCUCUGCCUCUCCACCGUUCCCCGCAGAUUGAACA